AUGCCGCAUCCCAGAGUAUACCUCCAGCCUAGAGUAUACGCCCAGCCCAGAUUGUACUCACAGCCCAUUGUAUAUCCACAACUCAGACUUUACCUCAAGAUCAGAGUAUACCCCCCAAGCCAGAAGCCCAGAGUAUACCCCCAGCUCAGAGUAUACCACCAGGCGAGAGUACACCUUCAAGCCAGAGUAUACCCCAGCCCAGUAUAUACUCUAGCUUGGGGGUAUACCCAGAGACAAGAGUAUACUCCCAACUCAGAGUAUACACACAGGCCAGAGAACACGACCAGCCCAGAAUAUACCGACAGACCGGAAUAUACCCCAGCGCGGAAUAAACCUCCAGACCAGAGAAUACCCGCAGUUCAGAAUAUACUUCCAGUCCAAAGUAUACCCCAAGCCCAGAAUAUAUCUGCAGACCAGAGUAUACCUCCAUCCCAGAGUGUAGACCAGUUCACCACAAUUACAACAGCAGUUUUUUCGCUCUCUCUCGCUCUCUCUCUCUCUUUUCUCUCCUUCCCUCUCUCUCUCUCUCUCUUCUCUCUCCUUCCCCCUCUCUCUCUCCCUCUUUUUUCUCUCCUUCCCUCACUCUCUCUCUCUUUUAUCUCUCCUUUCCUCUCUCGCUCUUUUCUCUCUCCUUCCCUCUCUCUCUCUCUCCUUCCUUCUCUCUCUCUUUUCUCUCUCCUUACCUCUCUCUCUCUUUUCUCUCGCCUUCCCCUCUCUCUCUCUUUUCUCACUCCUUCUCCAUCUCUCUCUUUUCUCUCUUCUUCCCUCUCUCUCCCUUUUCUCUCUCCUUCACUCUCCCUCUCUCUUCUCUCUCCUUCCCCCUCUCUCUCCCUCUUUUCUCUCUCCUUCCCUCUCUCUAUCUUUUCUCUCUCCUUCCCUCUCUCUAUCUUUUCCCUCUCCUUCCUUCUCUCUCUCUUCUUUCUCUCCUUCCCUCUCUCUUUCCCUCUUUUUCUCUCUCCUUCCUUCUCUCUCUCUCUUUUCUCUCUCCUUCCCUCCCUCUCUCUCUCUUUUUCUCUCUCCUUCCUUCUCUCUCUCUUUCUCUCUCCUUCCCUCUCUCUCUCUUUUUUCUCUCCUUCUCUCUCUCUUUUCUCUCUCCUUCCCUUUGUCUCUCUUUUCUCUCUCCUUCCCUCUCUCUAUCUGUCUCUGUGUCGUGUUCUCUCUUUUUCUCUUUCACAUCCUCUCUUUCACUUUCUCUCUUUCUCACUUUCUCUCACUUACACAUUCUCUCUCUCUUUCUUUCUCUUCUUAUCUCUCUUACAUUUUCUCUCUCAUACAUUCUCUCACUUUCUCUUUCUCUCUCACAUACUCUAUCAUUUUCUUUCUCCCACUUUUCUCUCUCUCACAUUUUUGCUCUCUCACCCUUUCUCUCUCUCUCUCUCUCUCUCUCUCUCUCUCUCUCUCUCUCUCUCUAUGGCCGACUUUCAGAUCAAUGUUAUUUAG